AUGAGGGUUGCCAUGGAAACUCCAGAGGCAAAACACGAAGAGAAUACGACAGGUGGAACCGAGAUCAAGUUCAGUUUAGUCAUCCAGGAGUUUUGUGACAACACAACAGCACACGGUCUGGGGAGGAUACAUUUUGUUAAUCAUUGGAUCAGGAAAGUGUUCUGGAGCUUAUUGUUUAUUGGCGCUGUCACAAUGCUUUGUAUUCAAGUACACACUUUGUUCGACAAAUAUCGAAAGCGACCGCUGACAACUUUAGUCACAGUAAAAACAGAGACGGUGAGUCCGAGUAGACCUUCAUGUUCUUUAUGACAUAAAUAGUGAAGAUACUAUUUCGAAGUUAACAUCACAAUAGCUACUUUACCUUAGAUAAAUUGACUUUCUGUGUCAAGGUUGAAGUUCAUUCAUGUUUGGAAAAAAAAAAUUGGCAAGAUAUUUCCAGGAGUGUUGAUGAACUUGCAUCUCUAAUCAGAAUUCAUCUGUAUCAUGAUUACAGAGUCUGGAAUUUCCUGCAGUAACAUUUUGUAACUUCAACGCCAUGAAGAACUUCACAACUCAAAGUGGCGAUAAGAAGCUGACGGAGAUUGUUCAUCAACUGAAAGCACAAAGUAAGGCAUUAAUUAGACUCGGAAAUUUUAAAGCAGAAAGAGUCAGAGAUCGAAGUCAAAGUUUUGUCAGGGAGAUUUCCUCUGCUUUCGACAGCACUCAGGACUGAAAUGUAAGAAUUGAAAAUUUGAGAACUGUGUCUUAUUCUGUCUUAUUCUGUCUGUGUCAGAUUCGUCAAAAGUGCCGGGUAACGAUACUUCCGAAGCAGUAUCUGAAAGCAGCAACACAGAAGACAUCGAGUGGAGCCAAGAAGACUUCCAAGACCCUGAAAAUCUUGAUACGAGAUAUCAAAGAGGAAAGGAAAUGUCAGUGUUUUUGGCGAAAGAGGACUUGCAGAUUCUUACUUUACUGGGACAUCAGUUUAGUGAAAUGGUCCUGUCUUGCACAUUUAGAGGAAUGUCAUGCAGGUGAGGAACUUUGUCUAACUUCAACGGAUAACCUUGAUAAUGCCUUGAAAACUUCAGGAUUUAAGGCAAUCUGACAUUAUCUUAUUUUCCAAUAAUCAUUACAGUCGAGGGGGUUGUUUUGGAUGAUCACAAAUUCAAAGAAACAGGUAUCGCAGGAACAAGAGUAUCAUGCAAUCAGGUUGUGUUAUUUGAGAUCAACUUGUUCUUAUUCUUAUUCUUGUUUUAGAAACUACACAACAUGGAACUGGACAUCAUUCUGGCAUUACAAGUACGGAAACUGUUUUGUAUUUAACGGUGGCCAAGUGAAUGGAGUUCCAGUGGAGAUUUUGAGAUCGAACAAUCGCGGCCCUUCUGAAGGUGUAUACUAACUGUCUUGUUUGAUCAGACCUUCAUUUGACUAUCACUCAUAACGGAUUACGCUCCAUUUACCUCUUUGAGCAUGAAGCAGGAAUGCCUUGAGGGAAAGCAAAUUUGUUUGAGGACUUUAACUCCUUAUGCAAGAAAGGCUAGUCUCUUUCUUAAUGGUUUGGUUUUAUCAACUGAGUUGAUAAUGGAUGGAGGGCUAACGCUCGAAACAUCAGCUUUAGAAACUCUCUACGGUGGCCAAUUUACUUAAUCAACUCAGUUGAUAAAGUAACAACAACACAAUUUCUUUUGAAACGUAUGCCAUCUCUUUCUUCCCUGUGUUAGGGCUUUCAAAUACGCAUGCUUUCUUGGUAUCAAAAGUGUAACUUAUUUUUGUUUACUUCGAUUCAAAGGUCUCAAUCUUGAAAUUAAUAUUGAUCAAGAAGAAUACAUCGGCCAACUGACUCCACAGGCAGGAAUAAGAGUGGAUAUCUCCAAACCGGGAGAAAUGCCAUUCCCUUUGGAAAAAGGAGUGAGUUUGGCUCCAGGGUACGCUACAAUGCUUGGACUUAGAAAGGUAUAGUCUGCUGUAAUUCUUUGGUGCCGACUGAACAUGAAGAGAUUUGUAGUAUAAUUCUAGAAUUACUGGAGGUAUAUUUACAUCUACCGUUGCCAUAGAACCCAGCAGCAGUGGCAUACAUACUGUAAUUGCCACUGUUAAAUAUGUGGAAUUAGUUAUUGAUUAUUAUCUGGAUGGGCGAGGAUGUCUCUUAGCAUUUUUUAAUCGUAGUAUCACACAGAUUAUGAAUAGCAGUUUAACGGUUUGGCUUGACCUCUUUACGUUCAAGGUAUUUUUUGUGCCAAGCUAUCGCAUGCCAGCAGUGUUUGGCUUUUUGCAAAGUUUUCUCUCCUAUUAGCAUGAAGCGCUAACUGGAACUUAAAUCUGGCGCAUCUCUCCACAGAUAAUCAAAGAAAGAAAAGACCCUUUCAACACAAAGCGUUGCCUGAAUUCAGUUGAUCGAGAUGACAAUAACCUAUACACACGCAUUUUUAACGUAACCUACUCGUCUACGGUAAAGUAUAAAUAAAUAAGUUUAAUUAAAAUCAUUUUGAAAAGUUUAUUUUGAAUAACAAAAUUGAGGAAUAAAAAUUCCGUACCUACAACUUAAGUUUAAGGCACUUUCUUUACCGUUUUCUCUUUCGCUGAAUGAUCGAUGGAUGAUGUGCAAGCCAUAUCUUAGGCUAGAAGUGCUAACUUUGAUUGUGAAGCAGUCUUCCUCGAUUAAAACAAAUGUUGCUUUUACCAGCACAUUCUCCAUUCUGUUAUUCUGCUCUUUUGUGGUUUUCGAGCGUGGAAUUUUGAUUUAAAGAAUAAUUGGAAACGUAGAACAAAGAUCAUUUAUGUUGUGCUUUUUUCGGUUCUGCAACCUUUUCAUUAAUAUUAAGUUUAGUCUCAGAAAAUAUUAGUGUUUACGUCUAUUUCUAGGCUUGCAGAGAAUCAUGUCUGGCUUACAAUCAAUUCGAGAUUUGUGGUUGCGUGGAAUACAGAUUUCCAGCCGAGGCACUAUUCAACAUUUGCAGUGUCACCAACAUUAAAACACGUAAGGAUUGAAAAUACAUUUGCCUUAAUGUAGAUUUAUGCUUACUUUUAAAGAAAAAUAUUUUUUGAAUUUCUGACAUAACUUUUGUUUUAUAGUGAAGUGCCUCAGCAGAGUUCAAAACCUCUAUAAAAAUAACAGAUUGAACUGCACUCAGUCGUGUCCACCUCCAUGCAGGUAAAUGAAAUCAACAUCAUGUUGAUUUUCAUAUCCCAGUAGCUGUGUCUUUUCUCUUGCAGGCCUGGUGAAGCGGUUAGAUUGAUGGUGCAGCCAGAUCAUUGCACCUCUCCAGAAAUACUAAUGGACCGGCAUCAUGGAAUCUAAAUUAAAGAAUAAUUUCUGUUCAUUAUCUCUUACAAAAAUUGCCUUUUUCUACACAUUUUAAGUAGCUUUUAAAUCCAAUAUUUGUUAACUUUCUUUCCACAGACUGGAAGAAUUCAAAAUAAGUUCUUCAUUCGCUACCUGGCCUUCGCAAAACUAUGAGGUAAAAAACGUUUAGCCACAUACACUCUAGAUCACAAUAAUUUUCAUCAAAAUAUUUGUUCAAUGAAAUGUUCUAAAAAGGGAAAUUCGUGGAUUUUUCCCGUGAUCAAUUUAGUUCCGGAAUGGUAAAAGGAAUUUUCUAGUAAAGGAUGGGGGAAGUGUGGAGGUGGAUCUGCAUUGGUACCGAUAUUUUCCUAUUAAUAAAUCAAAUGAAAAAAUUACUCAGUUCUGAUUGGUUAAGAUAAAUUUUCAGGUUAUUCAAGGCAGAAGAGGGUUAAUUCAGUGCAAAGCAGUAACAAACCAGACUGAACAAUUCCUUGAACUGUUUAGCCGGAAUCUGAACUUUUUUGCGCCUUAAAGAUGUGAAAAUAUCAUUGUAUAUCAUUUUUUCGAUCGUACGCGGUUGUUUUGACCGAACGCACAAUGUCACUUGCAUAGUUUGAAUAAAUUAUUUUUGCACUUGAAGCGCGCGCUUUUCUUCUGCAUAAUUAUAAUAUAUAUGGUUUUUUUUCAUGUAUAUUAUCAUGACGUAGUCUGAUGAUUUUUCUCGUGCAAUUUGGAAUGAAUAAGCCAUUUGUGGUCUUUGAAAAGAUUUACUCCUGCUUUUCUAUUCCAAAUUGCACUCGAAAUCAUGUGAUUAUCUAUAGUUAUUUCAUAAUCAUUGAUACUUUUUCAUAAAUAGGUGAGAAUCAUGCACCCAAUAUCAUGGCCAGAAACGAAAUAUACCAACCCCAACUGCAUUUAUGCCCUUACUACGUGUGUAUGUUUUCACGUAAGAAUCUUUCAAACGAAUGAUAAUUUCUAUCUGGUAUUUUGUUUCUUUCAUUUUGUUGUAUUUCGUUCUUCUUUUCACAGAAGUAUUAUCAAGAGAUAGUGCUAGAAAAUUACAACAGACUACUCAUCACCAAAUCUGGAUCCCACAGGUAAGGAACUUGUUCAGUCAUAGUCCGUUGACGAAAAUAAUGAAAAAUCAAAAGUCAGGUUGAAGAUACUCUCAUAAGCUGGUAAUUACUAGAAAUUUUAAUACAUCUUGUGGUGAUCUAUUUUCAUGAACACAGAAAAAAUGUUUUGAAACUGCAAGUUUUCUUCGAAGAUCUUGACGUGGAGGUCGUUUCAGAGCAACGUUCAUAUGAAGUGAGUAGCUCACAUGUCUAAGAACAUUUCUUUUAUUUCGGUGCGGAUAAACAGAAAUCAAAUAUUUGCAGAAAGGAAGGAAGCAAUACCGGACAGAAACCCGAACUUGCCCUCCUCAAGUGGUGUAUUUUGCUUUUCCCCGGCAUUCGAAACAAAGCACAAAAAGUUUUUUCUUAGCAGAUAUUAGGAUAUCAUUAACUCUGCUUUUAGACAUUAUGUAAAGCUCAGUAGCGCCACCAUCUAGUGCGAGGUAAGAAACGCUUUUUUUUCGUUGUUUGUUCGCAGUGAAAGAGGGAAUUUAACUCCAUUCAAGUUUAACUCACGAUACCAAAUAAAAAGACGAACUCUUUGCACCAGGGAAAGAAAAACCAUGUCUUGGAAACAUAAGCUUUUGUUUUUAAGUUGCUUAAUUAAGACUAACGCUCCAGAGCCGAUAUCGUCCACUGCAAGAAUUAUCGGGCAAUACUUUAUGAAAGAACUUAAUUGCUUAAGCAAAACUCAAAUAUAAAUGUAUCACUUGUAAUCAUAGAUAAGAUAAUUUACGCAUAAAUAUCAAAUGGAAUCGUACGGAUAUUUGUUUUGAUACUCAUUAUUUUUGCUGUAAAUUUUCUGGCCAAGAAACUUUUCUAACAGCUGUUUAUUUUUUACCUCAGCUGGUCAACUUUGUGUCAGACAUCGGUGGUCAACUUGGCCUAUGGAUUGGGUUCUCUGUGCUGACUCUGGCUGAGUUCUUAGAGCUUAUUAUGCUACUGUGUCAUCUGGCUGUCAAGAAAUGCUUCAAGAAGAAUGGCACGUCUGAGAGUUGUCUUCCGAAUUAA